GAGCUCUGCGCAUCCAACAUGUGCACAACUUUUUCCUCCCGUUGACAACACUGGACUACAAUCCCAGAAUGCGUAACGAGUGAGAUACCUAUGGUGGAGCGAAAUGACUGAGGAGUAUGAUGAAGAGGUGGUGUUUGAGAAUUCUCCGCUGUUCCAGUACUUGCAGGAUCUAGGACACACGGAUUUCGAGGCAUGUCCGACGGUGUCUCAAGAGGAAGAGCCGUGCGCGGGGCCAGAGGAGGGGCCCUUCCCGCAGGAUGCGCCCGGCCUGGCCAGAGAUGGCCCUCUCUGGAAGCUGGCUGAGGCCGUGUGGAAGCAGAGCUUCUUCCAGCAGGCCAGCGUGACCGAGAGCCAGGAGCAGCAGCUGGAUGCGGAGUUUGGGCAGUAUUCCCUGCGCACCAUCCUGGAGCAGGACGUUCUCCUGCAGGAGGACGUGGAGCUGAUCGAGCUGCUCGAUCCCAGCAUCCUCUCUGCGGGCUCAUCCUGUGACCACGCCUCCGGCCCCGCACCCCCCGCACCCCGCUUCCUGGCCACGCCUUCCUUCUGGGACCUGUCGGUUCUGAUGGUGUUUGUGGCGGUUCUGGCGGCGCUGCGGUCUCUGGAGGGGGGGCCGGGGCUGCUGGUGCUGCUGCCCUGGUUGGUGGGGCUGGGGGGCUUCAUGGCGGUGCGGGGGGCCGCUCUGUGGAGGAUGGGCAGGCUGCAGAGGACCAUGCGGGCCCGCGGGAGGCAGCUGGAGCAGCUAGCACUGGAGAGCAGGGCGCUAACGGGCCUGGCUCGCAAGAGUCUGCGUCUGCUGCAGGAGACCGAGGUCAUCUCCCGGGGCUUCACACUUUUGCUCGACAGGGUCAGUGCGGCCUGUCCGUUAAACAGAGCGGGAGCAGCACACCCCCGCGGGCAGCAGCUCCUGGGCCUGAGGAAGGCCUCCUACAGGACGCUGCGCUGCGCCUUCAGAGCCUCCCGCCUGGCCACCUGCCACAUGCUCAAGUCGUAUCCCAUGGACUCCGAAAUCGACAACGUGACGAACUACGUUUCCACGGUUCCUCUGAAGGAGCUCGGGCUGGGCCUGGGGGAGGAGCCUCUCACUGACGAGCAGAUGCAGGAGCUGACGAACGACUACAGCCUCCCCGUGCUCAAGGUGCUGUUUCAGCUGUGGGUGGGGCAGAGUUCGGAGUUCUUCCGCCGGCUGGCCCUGCUGCUGUCCCCCGGGCGGGAGGAGGGGAAAGAGGCGGCCGGGGACGGAGUGGAGGUCCCGGGGGGGCCGCGGAAAUCCAGACCCUCGCACCGGGUCGUCGCCGAGGUGACGGGGCCCCUCCUCCGCACCCUCUCGGGUUGCCUGGGCAACCUGCAGCGCAGCUACGACUUCCACCGCUACUUCGAGACGCAGCACCAGUCGCAGGGCUCGGAGAGGGCCCGCGUCGCCAGGCAGAAGUGUCGCGAGCUCAACAGCCUCCACGCGUCUGUCCGCAGCCUGCAGCUGCACCUGAAGGCCCUGCUCAACGAGAUGAUCAUCCUGGAGGAUGACCUGGAGAAGCUGAUGGUCUCCCGGGAGACGGCGGAGGUGACGGACAGCGGGUACCAGGAGCUGCAGGACAGGCUGCGCCUCCUGCAGCCGCACAUGCAGGCCAGCUCCUGCUGCUGGGACGACACGGUGGCGCAGGUGGACCGCAUGCUGCGCAGGGCGAGCGGUCGCCCCGACGACCCGCUCACAGGAACCCCUGGAGCAAAGGAGCAGAAUGCCAGCCGACAGCUACCCCCACCUCCCCCAACAGUCACCCUCAUCCAGGACCGGGAUCCAGUGCCAGAGGAGCAGGAGCUGGAGGCGUACGUGUCGGACUCGGACUCGGACUCGGAGUGGCGGGGGCCGCUGCUGGACCUGCUCUCCCCGGAGGAGCGUGAGCGGCAGCGGCGGGAGAGGGAGGAGUCGCGCCGCGUCCUGCUGGAGCUCAAGGCCGUGCUGGGGAUGCGGGCGUCAGAGGUGGAGCGGCAGAAGUGGAAACAGCUGCUCUUCAGAGACCAGGCUGCCCUGAACACAGUCCUGCCUCCUGAGCCCCAAGAACCCCAGAGAGCCUCUGACCCGCUGGAACCAGAGAGAGGAGAGAACCACCACCCACCGGAGCCCCUGGAACCAGAGAGAGGAGAGAACCACCACCCAUCGGACCCCCCUGGGCCCCCACCCGACCCCCCUCCCGCCCCAACCGAGUUCAGCUGCGGAACGUCCGAAACCAGGCAGGAAAUGCCCCCUGCCCCGGCCCCCGACGGCACCAAGGUGGAGACCCUACACUACCAGUACGACGGGUCAGUCGGGGCGGAGCCAGGGGCAGAGGGGAACGGUGCCGAUUGGCCAUUCGUUGCCAAGGUCCCGGCCGUGUCGGUGAUGGACAGGCUGACGGAGCUGCACGGCUCGGCCACCCUCAGCUUCAGCUCCGCCCUCGCCGCCCAGGUGGCCGCUCGCUCACACGGCUUCGCCAACAUGGAGGAGCAGACCUUCGGUGACGAGGAAGAGGAGGAGGGCGAGGCCGACGAAGAGGGAGGGGAGGGGUCGGAGGAGGAAGUGACGUCACAGCCCAGGACGUCUAGGCAAGCGGAUCAGGACUGAGGAUGUUAGGAGUUGUGCUUUAUAUUUUUAAAAGAUGUACAGCCAGGAUAUUUAUUUGAAUGGUUUUCUGUUAUUUAUUGAGGCUCUUCAAUUCCUAUUUUCAUCAUUCUUUUUUUUUUUUUUUUGGCAUUGUUUUGUUUUUGAGUUGCAAUGUAUUUAGGAGUGUCUCAUUUGAAUUUUUUGUGAAUGAUUUUGCACUUUUGCUGUUCCUCAUUUGUAAGAUGACGGGGCUCAUCACCUUGUGAUUCUAUUACAAUCUGCUGUAAUGUGGCUGUUCUGGAGUCACGCAGUUACACUGAGGCCCAAGUGGCUCUCCUCUCUCACAGAGACUUCUUUCACAAUGAGGAUCUGCUGAACCUUCCCCAGCCCCUACACUGGGCCCUCCACACUAAGGUCAAAGGUCAGCACAGACGCAUCUUAAACUUAAACUGUCCAGGAACGUUGAGUAUGCCAAUUCUCAAGUGUUUUACUCAAAGUCAAAAAGUCUAUUAUUAGUUUAUUAUCAGUAAGUGAUUGUUUUGUUCACCCAUUGAGGUGGUGUCCUGAAGUUUUCUGUUUUUUUUAUCUUUUUUUAUGAGACACCAUACCUCCAUCCACUACAUUACUUGAUUAUUACAUUUCUCUUUUUCACCCAGGAAGUGAAUUCUGCCUGUAGCAUGAUUAUGAUUAUUAUUAUUGUAUUCGGUACAGACUACGAAUGGUAGUGUUCACGUUGAAGGUAGGACUGAGGUGUUUUCUACCACUGCAGAAUUCUCAGGUACUAAUUUUCUGGGACCAGAUUGAUGAAUGUACGGUUACAAACAAAAUGUCAAUAAACGGGUGAAACUUUUUUUUUUUUUCUCAUCAUUUUCCAAACGUUUUUUUCAUUUUUAUUAUUGUUUUUUUCUUUUCAGUUGUAUAAAUAAUCUGUUACUAUUUCAGUUGUAAUUGUAAACCAUAUCCUAGCCUUGUGAUGAUGUGCCUGAAAUGUUCUUGUAGCAAUUUCACAAGGCCAUAAUGUUGCAGCUAAUUGGAGUGGAGAUUACGUCGCUGGAGAUCCUGUAACUGAGGCCUUGCCUUGCACUCCAUUCAUGUUUAGGCUUUUUCCACUCCUGUCCGCUCACAUCGAGUGCUGGGCUGCUGUCUACUCUGCUCGCCCCAAAACGUGUUCCACAGGAUCUGCACCUAAUGUCCCACUACAUGGCAUGUUCCCCCAUCCAUCUGUAAAGUGGUCUGUGCUCAGUGGAAGGUCUGGGACAUCUGAAGAAGGUAGAACACAUCUUGUAACUACAGUAAGUUUGGUCCUUUUGAGGUGAAUGAACAAAUGAUGUGCUAACCACAGUUAGCUGACGACAUUCUGUGAAAUUAUUUCAUUUCUUAUGCUUGUCCAAAUGUAACAUUGUAUUGUCUUGAGCCUUGAAUUGAGCUACAAUUGUUUGUUUCACCCUAAAUGGGAAGAGAAAACUAUUUUGACUACCUGAGAUGGAUAUAAGGGGAGAUGGACUAUUCACCACGAAAGCCUCAGCUUAGCCUCUUCUGUAGCACGCCCAUGUCAUUGGGAUGAAAGCCUUGAACCAAACCCUUCUGAGUUUAUGGGAUUGGAACCUUGCGCACUCCUCCAUUACAACACACUCCAUUACGACACACCUGUCCUGUCCCAGUCACAUCUCCUGCUGUAGACCAGCUGAAUUGCGUUCCUGAAAGAUGAGCGUCUUGGACGUCUCCUAAAUCUUUUUUUGUGUGUUCGUCGUUCGGGUUUGAAAACUGUUCCGUUACCCAGGAGGCAUUGGUCCAGGUGUAUUGGCAGCACGUUAAGUGUGGAUCUCUGCCUGGUCCAUACCAUAUCGCCUUCUCUUGUGUUGUCUUA